AUGAGCCUGCAGCUUGUCAAUAACCAACCAUCCAGCUCCCUGCUUGUGGCUAGGAUCCUUCAUAUGGUGUUGGAGAACAGCAUCGCAGCCGCCGGCCGUCGACAACGACCUCAUAGCGUCCAAGCGUUGAAUGCUCUGCGCGCCCAGUUACUCCAAGACGAUUUCUUCGACCCAAAUCACGAUCCGGGCGAGCUCCGACUCCGCAGAAGCGCAAACACGAUACUUUUCGUCGACCUUGCAGUCCUCCUGGCUAGGAUCAUGCGAGUCCUCAUGACGAGGGGUCCAUUGCACGAAGAUGAAAUCCACGAAAGAAUCGCCGUGAGGAACGAAGCGCUCGACCAACAAUUUUUUGAUCGAAGCACCGCCGGCAGUGUGCAUCCCUUUACCCGGCAAGAACCAGAGGACGAAGGCUGCUCCGUGUAG